UCUGAUAUGAUAUAUAGUAGAUCGUUAAUACGUUUAUCAAAAAUCGACUUGAUGUAUUCCGAUUUUUGCCAUUGGUCAAAGUAUGGCGAUUCACAUGACCAAUUGGUAAUGAUCUGUGAUAUUAUUUUUUUUUUUCAAUUAGCUACCUGUAUAUAUUUUUCUCGAGAAGUCAAGAACUAUGUAAUGCAAACCCCAUUUCCAUUAUUACCAUAUUGAAUAAAUUCGCUAAUUAUACUAAUUAGACAAGUAUGAACAAUAUAUCUGAGGAGUGAGGGCUUAAGAUUCCUAUUGCUUUGAUUUAUCAAGAAAAAUAAUCUUUUUAUUAGACUUCGGAGCAUUUGACGCAUGGGUACCAGAAAUGGUAAGUUUUGUAACUAAAAAAUUGAGGAAACUUUUGUCUUUAUUUAUUUAUUUAUUUAUUUAUUUUUUUAAAAAAAAUGGAAACGUUUAUUAAUGUUCUUAUUUUUAUAGAUUUUGGUUCGAGAUACUGGAG